AUGCUGCCACCCCGAUCGAGUCGCCAUCAGUACGACUCUCUCCCCGGCUCGGACCCCACUGAGCCGGGUGGCUCGGGUAACAACAACUCCAACGACGAGCUGCAUCGGCUUAUGGACGCUACCGGCGACUCCGCCACCGACUCGGUGUUGUUUAGUCGCGACGGUGAUGCCAGCGAUAGCGAUGACGACCACAACCGCCGCGUCGAAAAUACCUCUCAUGACGAUGGUUCCGCGUCCCAUCCUCUUACUGAGGGCCUGAGCCACGAUCUAGAGAACCAGGGCGGCCUCCGUCCCCCGCUGGCGAGAGACAGAGCCGUCAACAUGUUCCACCGAUGGGUGCCGAUCCGGACCACCUACGAACGGCUAAAUAACGGGAUCACCACCGGCAGAAUGCAGGCUAAUCGACCGGGCCGGUUCAUUGGUCUGGGCACCGACGGGGUGUUCCGCAACCUUCUGGCGAAGCCGGAGCUGGACGCUGAAGCCCACCAACGAGAGAUUAAUCCUCCAACUUAUGAGGAAGCGGCUGCUGACUCGUCACCCGAAUACUGGGAACUGACAGUGAUUUCCCCCAUAUAUGAGGACGAAGUAUUUGUCGACGGCCUCCCCGUGGGCAAUAUUGCCAACUACGUGUGGAACGUGCUUGUACUGGUAGCGUUCCAAUUUGUGGGGUUUGUACUCUGCUACCUCUUGCACACGUCCCAUGCCGCUAAGAACGGCGCCCGGACCGGGUUGGGCAUUACCUUCAUCAUGUACGGAUGGAAACGGGUGCCGCUGAAUAUGGGCAGCGCCACUAAGCUCCCGCCAAAAUUAAUUGCCGUUGACCCCUUUCAAGUGAACGAAUUGUGGCUGGGAGCGAAAGUGGCCACGUAUACCGACUCUUUCAAGCUGAUUCUCUCCAACAGUACUGUGACUGUUGGCGACGACGAUGACGACAGCGGCGGGUGGCUCGAUAUCAAGGCGCCUUACUUGGCGUACGGACUCAUUGCAUUUGGGUUGUUCAUCAUCAUCCAGGCUUUAAUAGACUACUACCGGGUCAAAUUGACCGAAAGGGCAAUUUUGGCACCGCAACAACCGACGCUGACCACCACCAUCACCGAAGCGACGGACAACGCCGACCGUGAAUGA